AAAUAGAAAAACGUGUGAAAAAUGAGAAGAGAAUACACAUGAAUUAAAAAAAUGAUGAAAAAGAACCCACUUGGCUUGAGACCUGAGACCGGGAGUGUGCUCCUCUUGAGGUCUGAGGUUCGAUUCUCUCUAGCAAAAAAUGAUGAAAAAUUAAAAAGCAAAAAUACUAGAAUUUUCGCGGUGGUGUGUGUGCGUCAGCGCAUGCGUCCAUCUCCCGACCUGUUUGUUUCCCCGAUUCCACAUUUCUAUCUCAUCAUUCAUUCUUCCUUCCUAUCAAUUACUAUCGUUUUCUUAUGCUCCUUAGCUUCAUUCAUUCAGGAACACCCUAAGAUUAACUAUGCCGACUUCAUCAAGAUCGAUCAACAUCUCUGUUACAUGGAGGGGAAAAAAGUUUGUUGUAGACAUGAAUUUGGAUGCCACUGUGAAGGAUCUAGGGGAGGAAUUGCAAAAAUUAACAAAUAUCAAACAAGAUACCAUGAAGCUCAUUGUACCACAGAUUGCUGGCAAAACUUCAAAAUUGCUGGCUCCCUUUUCAACAGACCAUGCACUUUUAAGCUUGCAGGAAACAUCCAUUAUCGAGGCCAGGUCAAUUUUAAUGAUGGGUGCAUCAACAAAUGAAGUUGAAGAAGUUUUGAAAAAUGCUGAAGCGAAUUUAAGAAUAGCGGGAUUUGAGGACGAGGAAAAGAGAUUGAAACAGAAAAUUUCACAUGGACCUCAUGUUUCACUGAAACUUCCACAAGGGCCUUAUAUAUUUUGUGAAUUUCGCACUCUUGAAAUUCCUGGACUGAAGUUGAAUCCUCCUCCUUCUGAGGCACUAAAAAGAAUGCACAUGCUUGCUGCAGAUCCUGGAAUUGUUGCUGUCAUGAACAAGCAUCGUUGGCGUGUGGGAAUUAUGACUGAGAUGGCUCCUAUCGGUUACGUUGGUGUGAGCCCAAAAUGCAUUCUUGGUUUUAACAAGAAUCAUGGAGAGGAAAUAUCAUUGCGACUUCGAACUGAUGACCUCAAAGGUUUCAGGAAAUACGAAAGCAUUAAGAAAACUCUACUGCAUGAACUUGCUCACAUGAUACACUCUGAACAUGAUGCAAAAUUUUAUGCUCUGGAUAAGCAGUUAAAUCAAGAAGCUGCUAGUUUAGAUUGGACCAAAUCUGCCGGCCACACUCUGAGUGGAGUGAGGAGUUCCGAAAUCUUUGAAGAUGAUUUUAUAGAAGACAGUAGCAAUAUUCCUCAGAAGCUUGGAGGUAGCAGAUCAGAUCAGCUAAUGAGUGCUCGUGAAUCUUCAAUUAUUGCUGCCUACCAUAGAAUGGCUACUGUUUCCACUAACAAGUCGGGAGGGUCCGAAAUAAAUAAAGAACCGGAUCAUGAUUAUUCUAAUGCUAAUACCAGAGAACAGCCCGAUUAUAUGGAAUCUUCCUCCGAAGAAAUCAAACAUACUGACACACCCAUGAAUAAUGACGAAGGACUUAAUGAGCCUGAUCCUGAUGAUCAUAUUAAAAAUGGAAUGAAACAUGAACCUGAUCCAGAUGAUUCUUAUCAUGAACCAUCUCAGACAAGUACCAUGAAUAUGGAUGCAACUUACCCUGAUGCAAAUGAUUCAGAAACAUCUUUGAAGUCUAUUGCUCCGGCUAUUGAAAUGAAUGCGAUGACAGAACCUGAUCCUGAUGAUCUUGUGGCUCCCAUACCAGAAUUAUCUACAUUGCAGACAUAUGAGCCAGAUCCUGAUGACGAAGAACUCCAGAGGAUAAAUGGUGCCAUGACUGCUGUUUGUAACCGAUUGCAGAAGGCCUUGGAGAUUCUGAAAAGUGAAGUUAGUCCAAUGCAAAGUACUUCAGUUCUCCAAACUCUCUUGAAAAUAAUUAGGAACGUGAUUGAACAUCCCGAGAUGGAAAAAUACAAGAGAUUGCGGAAGACUAAUCCCGUCAUUGAGAGGAAUAUCCUAAAUAAUAAAGCUGCAUUGGAAAUUCUCUCGUUGGUUGGUUUCAGAGAAGAUGUUAUAUAUGACAAUCUUGGGAAGGAAGAUGCAUACUUGGUGCUGAAGCGGAAUGAUCCUGGCUUAUUGUGGCUAGCUAAGUCAACCCUUGAGUCAAGCAGAGCUUGAUAGGUCUAGUAAAAACAAUUCUUAAACAAAGUGCAUGUAGAAGUGUACUAUAUAAAUUAUGUCCAUUGUAUUUUUAUGUAAAUGAGUUAAAAUUGUAUUGUGAGGACAUGUCAAAUAUUGUGAUGAUUCAACACAGAAAUAUGGGGGAAAGAAAAAGGACUGUAUAUUGAAAUAUUGGAAGUGCAAAUAGAAACAUGGUAUCAUAUCAAUUCGAUAUGUAA